AUGACCGAGUCAACUGCACCGCCUCCUGCUCAUGGCCAUGAUCCGCAUACCGGCGGCAGCGGCGCACAGUCCUCUGCCUCAGCGGUGAAGGAAACCCGCUUGACCAAUCUCAAGACUAACACUGCCUACUUGGCAUUGGGGAACAAGGCCGCCACAAAGCCCAGCAGCGUAGCGACGCGCUCGGUCCUCACUACGUUUCGCUAUGUCUUUCGAUACAUGAUCCGCCGCAUGUUCCGGGUGGCGAAAUACGCUGCUAUCGGAGGAGCUAUUGCUUUUGUUGGUACGGGUGUGCUUGGUGCUCUGGGGACCGGGAUUGCAUGGUUCGCAGCCCCGAGUAUGGGUAUGGGUAUAGGCAUGGGGAUCUCAUGGGCCAUUGUCAAGUUCACGUGGCGGCACCGCCCCGAACGCUUCCGCGGAGGGUGGUGGAGUGAGAUGGCCGAGCGCGCAUUCGAGGGCCGCGAUCCCAACAAGGACGAGGAGGCGGAUAGUGAGGCUGCCGACGCAGCUGUACAGCAGAAGAUGGAGAACAAGCGGUUACGGCAGGAUGUGUGGGCGCGCGCGGAGACUGUGUAG